AUGCAAACGAUUCUCCACCACAAUAGCAGCGGCGCCGCUGCGUACACCGGCCGGCUCAAGAAGCGAGAAGUGCAUCGCGCGAUUACGCUGCAUCCGGUGAAAGAUCACAGGCAGAUGUACAGAUUGCAUACUUAUUUUAAGAAUCUUCAAAUUCAAGACUUAAGGGAGCAGUCUCUAGACUUACACAGAGACAUAGCGCUAUCACUUCAAGAGUUAGGUGUGAAAAGUGAAGACGUAGCAGAUUACAUGCUCGAUGAGGAGGUGCCUUUGUUUCCUAAGAAGAUGGGAGAGUCGGGGUACUUAGGAGAUAAUGAAAUAUUAGGUGCUCCAAUAGACUUCAAUAGAUUCAAAGCCGACACGUUUGAGGAUAUCGUGCCUUUUGAUUUUAUAAGUAAAUCGAUAUAUUCCAUCAAUCAUUCAAAUCCGAAGAGACGAUUAGAAACACCUUUGAGAGAGGCUUUAGAUGAUGUCAUAAGAGAGGUGAUGGAAAUAAUAAACGCGCCGUCCAGACAACGCGGUAGAGUGAUCGACUUCAAUGACCUGCUGUACGGGUACAUACGGCUGCAGCCGCUGCACGGCGUCGACAUCGUGCUGGACAUGCUGCUCAAGUACAGGCGCUACCGAGGCAGGAAGAUGACUGCCGCAGUGAGGAGGCACGCGUAUUUACAGCAGUCAUUUACAGGAACUGAAAUACGUGAACUCCCAAUGGGAGAGCCGCCACCGGUUGAAGAGGAGGAGGUACUCGAACAGCUCGAUCCCAAUGCCAGGACCUACCACGACUAUGAAGACUUCGAUGAGCCAAGCCCGCAGAGUCAAAAUAGCUUUCUAGACCUAUCCAAGUUAAACGUGAGAGAAGCAUUCGAAAAUGGCAUACAAAAGUUACAGGACAACCUUCCGAAAGUAUUGAAAUGGAAUAAUGAUGAAUUUGAAUACCCAAUUUACGACAGACGGAUAAACUUCAUCCUCCCAUUAUUGGGUAGAUUCGCAAUAUUCAAUCGUUUCAUGAAGAAUUAUGAGGAUAUAGUUCUGAAGAGCGACGAAAGUGUUACCUUGAUUGUGGUGCUUUAUUUGGACGCCAAAAGUCCUUUAGACUAUAGCAAUUCAGAAUCCUUAAUUAAUCAUUACAAGGACAAAUAUGGCAAGGAUAUAAAAACAGUUCAAAUGGGUUCCACCACGUUCUCUCGAGGUGCCGCUAUAACUGAAGGCUUAAAAAAGUGUGCUAGUGACGAUUUAGUGUUCUUUAUCGAUGUUGACAUAAUGUUCAAUCAUAUAAGUCUAAGGCGAAUUAGAAUAAAUACAAUUAAAUAUCACCAAGUUUACUUUCCGAUAGUGUUCAGUGAGUUUAACCCGGAAGUAGUGUAUGGUGAUGAUUUUAACAAGUUCAAGGAUGAAACUCUUGUGAUGGAUAGUAAUCUAGGUAAGUUUGUAGACAAUGUAGAUAGUGAUAUGAGCGACAGGGAAUUAGCCAAUUUGAAGUACAGCAAAGAGAUACACGAUGAUUAUGGAUAUUUCAGACAGUACGGUUUUGGUAUUCUUAGUAUUUUUAAACGUGACUUUGAAAGGGUUGGGGGGUUCGACCUGAGCAUCAAGGGGUGGGGGUUGGAAGACGUGCAGUUAUUCGAGACGUUGAUAAAAUCUAAUUUAACGGUAUUUAGGAUAGCGGAUGAGACAUUAGUGCAUAAAUUCCAUGCAGUGGACUGUGAUAAGAAUUUGGAGAAGAGUCAGUUCUUAAUGUGCUUAGGAACGAAAGCUUCGACGUACGGCAGUGAGAAGCACAUGACGUAUUACAUGUUGAACCACCCCGAGAUCCUGUGGCCGCCGGAAGAGAAGGGUGCCAGC